AUUGUGUAAACUCCCCAAACAGUUCAGAUGCUAAGAGCUUGCUCUAUGCAACACACCUAAUUUUUUCAGUGCCAUAUUCUUGCAUUUAUUUGAAUUUUGUUUUGUUUUGUUAUUUUAAUUUAUAUAUCUUAGUUUUAACUUUUACAGCUUUUGUUUUGUUUGUUACCCGAACAAGAUUUUUUUUAAACUCAGAAUGGACCAUCCAGGUUAUAAGCAAAAUCGGGUUGCCCUGGUUUGUCCUCGGUGCUUUAAAGUCGAUAAAAGCUUGACAACUCAUCUGCGGAGGACAUGCAUGAGAUUUAGCUCAUUGGAAGAGAUCCAUGAAGUUGCACAUACUGCUUGGCGUCGCUUGUGGGACAUUGCAGAGAAGGCUACCGUAUUUAAUCAUCGUGAGAUCCAGAAGCUUACCUCUCCUGCUGAAUUCUCUGCCUUUUUGGAAAGGAAAGGAUUUUUCAUAGUGAACAAACCCCGGGAAACUGCUGAACCUAUAGCAACACCAUCCACUUCUGCUGCUGCUUCAGCCCCGGAUCGAGUAGAACUGGCUCCAGAAACAGGAGCAACCCAUCGACUGUCCUGUCUAAGAAGUGAACCUAUGGAGGACACUACCAUGCUAAGCUUUGUGACUUUAGAAGUGGUGCCUCCUGAACUUGCCAUAGAAAACUGUGAACUGAAAUUCCCAUCAGGGACAGACCUUUCCCAUGCUGUUCCGGCUGCAUCAGUUUCAGAAGAGGAGCAAGGAGCAGCAGAAAAUAUUGAAAUCACAGAGCAUGAACACAUGGACAUUGACAACCCAGAGGAAGAUCAAGGCUUAGAGAGGGCAGCGAAAAUGAAUUGGACUUCAGAAAUAAGGCUGAAAAUGAAGGAAGCUGGUCUGUACAAUCGGCAUUCCGUCGUCGGCCCCACUCUGAAAGCAUUCACAGAUUUUCUGACACAUACAUUGGGUGUCACUAGGUACAACAGGAGGUGGAAAACUUGGCUAGGUUCUUUAUUUUAUGAACCACAAGAUGCUAACUUGGCAUUUGUGAAAGACAUCCAAAGGACAAAUGAGUUUUUCUGA